AUGGAAUCUGACGAAAAAGUGUAUAAUCCAAAUUUGUUUAUGAGAUUUACUUAUUUAUUAUUUGAAAAGCCGGUUGUUUGGUUCCGAGAAAAUAUUGUUGAACCAAAUCGUAAAGAAUAUUAUUGGUAUCAUGAAAAACGUCGCAGAGUUCCCACAAUUGACGAAUGUUAUACUAAUGAUACAUUAUGUCGUUUUGAAGCUGAUUUUCAAUGGGCAAUUGAUAAAAGAGUUGAUAUAGAAAUAUUGAAAAUAUUAAAUCGAAGGCUUACAAAUUGUAUAAACGAAAAUUGGUAUAAUAAAUCAAAAUGUAACGAGAUUAAAGAUUAUUUAAAUACUCAAAAAACAAAUUUUUUUAUUAAAUUAUCGAAUGGUGAACUUAGAUAUACAGAUGGUGCAUAUGAAUGUUAUAUGAAACAAAAACAUAGAAUGGCUUGGGAAAGAAGACAUGGACCUGUAGGUUCAGGUAAAAAACCACUAGAAGAAAGAAAACCUAAAGUAGAUGAAGGGGAUAAAUAG